UGCUACACGCACUUCCUCAUUGGCAGUGAUAGCAAAGUGUUCUCACACACCAGCGACGUUUGUGACAGAAGUAACACACCGCGGGUCUCGUUUUAUUUCAUCUCUGAGCCUCGUAAAUGUCGAAGCCACCUCCCAAGCCGGCCAAGCCAGGCCAAGUCAAGGUGUUCCGAGCACUGUUCACCUUUGACCCCAGAACGCCAGACGAGCUGUUCUUUGAAGAAGGAGACUUUUUGUACAUCUCUGACACGAGUGACAGUAAUUGGUGGAAGGGGACGUGCCGAGGAAGGACAGGACUCAUUCCAAGUAACUAUGUGGCUGAGCAGGCAGAGUCUAUCGACAAUCCAAUGCACGAAGCAGCCAAACGAGGCAAUCUGAGCUGGCUGAGGGAAUGUGUGGAAAACAAGGUUGGAAUCAACGGGCUGGAUAAAGCGGGAAACACUCCCCUCUACUGGGCAUGCCACGGGGGACAUAAAGAUGUGGUGGAGGUGUUGCUAAGCCAGCCCAAUGUGGAGCUCAACCAGCAGAAUAAACUUGGGGACACUGCUCUGCACGCUGCUGCCUGGAAAGGUUAUUCUGACAUUGUGGAAAUGCUGCUGACCAAGAAUCCGAGGACGGACGUAAGGAACAACGAGAAUAAGCUGGCUCUGGAGAUGUCCACCAACCCUAUGUGUGCUUCACUUCUCAAGAAGAAGCAGGGAAGCAACAUCACACGCACACAAAGCAACGCUGAAGAGUAUUUGGACGAUGAGGACUCGGACUGAGCCGGUCCUGUCGAAACAUCUUCACUGUCUUCUGUUUGGUUUUGGGAGGGGUGGGGGGGGGGGGUCGUGGAGCUCAGAGAGAUUAAUUACCG